AUGGGUGCCCAAAGAAAAGCCAACAUAACUUCCCCCAAAAAACCUCAUUUCUCCUUAAAAGAUUUCUUCCGUUCUAAGGAUUCCCCAUUCAACACCAACGUCAACAAAUCGACAUUGGCAUCGUCAUCAUCAUCGUCAAACUCACCAUCUUUAGAACCACAGGAGCACGAAGAUCUUCUCUCGAUCAUCUCCUAUUGCACCUUCGUCUUCAACUUCACCGACCCUCGCGAAUCUCCCACCCAACAACACCACAAACGUCUCAAACUCCUCAACCUUCUCUCGUACCUCAAAACUCCCAAGAACAAAAACUAUCUCAUCCUCGUCGAACCAUAUUUCCUCCACAACCUCUUCACCAUGUUAUCCUCCAAUCUAUUCCGACCACUUCCACCUCCAUUCAACACAACAACCCUAAUCAACUUCCUCCCAGACGAAGACCUAACCGCCACCCCAACCCUAGAUUGGCCUCAUCUCCACCUCGUCUACGAAAUCCUCCUAACCGUAGUCUCCAACCAAACAAACACCGAUGUCCUCACCGAAUACAUUACCCCAUGCUUCCUCUUCAACCUCCGCAUCAUCUUCCAAUCGGAAGAUCCGAGGGAGCGCGAUAUCCUGAAGAACAUAGUUCACAAGAUAUACGCGAUAUUCCCUACGCAACGUUCAUUCAUUAGGAAGACAACAAAGGACGUCUUCCUACGCUACGUUUACGAGUCAGAUCGACAUUCGGGGAUUGGCGAAAUGCUGGAGAUUUGGGGAAGUAUUAUAAAUGGAUUUGUAAUUCCGUUGAAGGAAGAACACAAGGUGUUCUUGACGAGAGUGUUGAUUCCUUUGCACAAGCCCAAGGGUAUGCAGGCUUACUAUAGGCAGUUGACUUAUUGUAUGUCUAAGUUCGUUAUGAAGGAGCCGAAGCUUGCGGAAUUGGCGGUUAAAGGGAUUCUCAGGCACUGGUCGACAACAAAUUGUCCAAAAGAAGUGUUAUUGAUAGGUGAAAUUGAAGCAUUAGUGGAGAUUCUUAAACCAGAGGAGUAUACAAAAGUAGCAGUUCCCCUUUGCACUCAAAUCAUUAAAUGUCUCAACAAUUUGAACACACAUGUGGCGGAAAGGGCGUUGUAUUUGUGGAACAACGAGCAGUUUUGGAAAAUGGUGUGGGAACAAGUUGAAGAGGUAUUUCCGAUGAUCGUGGAAGCGGUUGAGAGGAAUUUGGACCGACAUUGGAGCAGCAGCGUGCGACAAUUGACCCAAAAUGUCAAGAUUAUGUUGGAGGAAACCGAGCCAGAGUUAUAUUCUAAGUGUCUCUUUACUAUGGAAUUUAGAGAAUUAGCGGCGGUUGAUAGAGAGACUAGGAGAAGAGAAAAGUGGGAGAGGAUUGAAAUUGUUGCUGCAAGGAAUUUGGGAGCUUCAAAUUAGGUUUGGUUUUGUAAAAUGUAU